GCGGUCGCUGACAGCGCGGGGGUUGAGAAUGGCUCGGAGUCCGGAGCUCAGCGCCAAGGAAGAACACCACGAGAAUUUAUGGUCGUCACCCCAGAGAAAAUGAACGCCGUAGCAGGCAGAAAGAUUUUCUUGCCCUGCUCCUACACCUGUACAAUCAGCGGCAUUACCCACAUGCUGGUGGAGUGGUUCAGGAUGAUGGAUGGACGUGAAGAAGAGAGGCUUUAUAAAUUCCCCAAUGGAGAUAGACAAUGGCCUUUACACGCCACCUGGAUGGGUGAUGUGUCCAAGUGUGAUGCCUCCAUCACCGUCAGUGACAUCAAGACCAACGACUCGGGGCGAUAUCGCUGUGAGGUCACGGUGUAUCCACAAAACAAGCACGACAUUGGGUAUCUACAGCUGAAUGUCACCAGUCCAUCAGAUAAAAUGAACGCCAUGGCAGGCACUACAUUUCUCCUGCCCUGCGCCUACACCUGCACAAUCAGCGGCGUUACUCACAUGCUUGUGGAGUGGUUCAGGAUCAUAGACGGGCUUGAAGAGAGGAUUUAUAAAUACACCGAUGGAGAGAGCAGCCACUGGCCUGUACAGGCCACUUGGGUGGGUGAUGUGUCCAAGUGCGACGCCUCCAUCACCGUCAGCGACAUCCAGACCCACGACUCUGGGCGAUAUCGCUGUGAGGUCACGGUGUAUCCACAAAACAAGCACGACAUUGGGUAUCUACAGCUGAAUGUCACCAGUCCAUCAGAUCUGGUGGUUGUGACCCCAGAUAAAAUGGACGCCAUGGCAGGCACUACAUUUAUCCUGCCCUGCUCCUACACCUGCACAAUCAGCGGCGUUACCUACACGCUGGUGGAGUGGUUCAGGAUCACCGUCGAGCGAGAAGAGAGGAUUUAUCAAUACGACAAUGGAGAGAGCAGCCGCGGGCCUUUACAGGCCACCUGGGUGGGUGAUGUGUCCAAGUGUGAUGCCUCCAUCACCGUCAGCGACAUCCAGACCCACGACUCUGGGCGAUUUCGCUGCGAGGUCACAGUUUAUUCCCAAACUAUGCAAUACCACAUUGGGUAUCUACAGCUGACUGUCCAGCCACGAACAGACCUGGCCGUUGUCACCCCGGAUGCAAAGAACGCUACAGUAGGCAGCACGGCUCUCCUGCCCUGCUCUUACACCUGCACCAUCACGGGCAUUAGACACACGCUGGUGGAGUGGUUCAGGACCAUAGACGGACACGAUGAGAAGGUGUAUAAGAUCAUAUACAGAAAGAGGAGCCUCAGGCCGAUGCAGGUGACUUGGGUGGGAGAUAAGUCGACGUGUAACGCCUCCAUCACCAUCAGCAACAUCCAGACCCACGACGCUGGACGAUAUCGCUGUGAGGUCACGAUGUAUCGACACGACAAGCCAAGCAUGCAAGACAUCGGGUAUCUGCAGCUGAACGUUCACAAUGAACCAGAACCGAGAGACGCAACACCCACGCCAACCCCAACCCCAGCUCCAGCUCCUGUAGCUGGCAUCGUCCUUGGAGUCAUUGCUGCUCUUCUGGUUGUUGUUGCUGGAGUUGUUUUUUACUGCAGGAGGAGGAGACCAAGUCAGCCAAGAGAAGCAGAAGUCCCGGUUGAAGAUACGUUAAAAUUAAACCCAAAUGGAGAAGAUGAAGGAGCAAGAUGAGGUCAAGUUGCACCGGCAGAGCAAGGAGAUGAGGCAAAUGAUGAAGAAGGAGAACGUGAGACCUCAAUCUAACGAAGCCAGAAGUCCAGCCAAUCAGUCCCAAGCAACCUUAACUAACACAACCAAUCGAGUCAACGAUCAAGACGCCAGCAAUGUAGCGAUGUGAAGUUGAACCGCAAUGCCUCAUUAGGUUAAUGUAAAGCUACCAAAGUCCUGGUUUGGUCUGGACCGUCUGAAAAUGUUGAUGUAGAACGCGAGACUUCAACUGUGUGGGCGUGGCUAUAGAAAUGUGGGCGUUGCUGGUGGUGGAGGGAGGGGCAACCAUCUGACCACGUGUCACGGUUGAGCCUCCCAGACACGUGGUAGCUUUACGUUCAUUUUGCAACGUGCACUGUCGUGCUGCCUCACAAAUGACUGGCAUAGAGACCCCGGAUGUUUACACAGAGACCCAUAGAUUCACAUAGAGAACUAUAGAUUCACAUAGAGAUAAUAUAUUAACAGAGACCCAAAAGCUCACAUAAAGACCCACUAAUGGACACAGAGACACAUAAAUUCACACAGAGACCCAACCACUCACACAGAAAGCAAAUGGCUAAUAUAGUGACCCAUUCAUGAAAAUAUAGACCAGUACACUUUAUAGAAACCCAUAGACUUAGAUAGACACAUGGUUGUGAUUAAACUGGGCUCUCAAAUGCGGUGAGUUUGAUGGUCUCAGCCCGGUCACCAAUGGACUGCACAAAACAAAACCCAUCACGUAAAUUUGUCCCAUCGUACCUCAUUUGUUCGAUAAUGUAAACGUCUGCUUGGCUGCCGUGCGACAACGCCUCAAGGUGAGUCGUGUGAGGCAUUGCGAGCCCAGAUGUGUGGAGGGUAUGAAGGGAACGAAGGAUUCUUGUGACAAGUCGGGUCCAGUCCCAUUCACAGCCAUUUGUUUCACACACCGGGGUCGCACCGCUCUGCAACAUUUACAAGUGGAUUCCUUGUGCCAUGAUAUGACGCUGAAAGGUGAAUUAUAUUCUGUGAAAAAGUAUUUUUACAUUCGAGUACAGCAAACUCUUCGCUCUAGCGGGUUUAGCUAUCGCGGUUUUGCAGUUUCGUGCCAAGGCUAUUGAGGUGCAGAGUUCGCCGAUCGCGCCCCUGUGACUGGACCAUUCGCGGUUGAUCACGAUAUUUCUGUACGCGUCGUAACUAUACUGCUCGUGAUGAUGCCGCUACUGCCGCGGAAGAACACACGGGGUGCCGUCUUACCUCCGUCUUAUCUCCAUCUUAUCUCCGUCUUGUCUCCAUCUUGUCUCCCGUCUCUUCUCAAGCGGCCCAUUGCGGGUGCCGGGUCACGCGGUGUUUCCAGCCUCGAGUGAGGAGGCAGUGAUGUUCAGCCGCCCGCGAUUUUUCUUUCUAUCGUGCGAUAGGAACCGUGAACCAAACCCCAUUUUUCCCAUUUACCCACAUGUCUCCGUCCAUGUUUUUCAGCAAAACCCAACAACGUAGAUUCCAAAGCCACAACAACGAUGCUGAGUUGUUUUGGGGUUAAUGGCCAGAAUCUUGACAUAGAUCCCAGAAACAAACACGGGUCAUUGCGAUGGUAACAAUGACUGUUCUGCCUCACAGCAGGUGUCUUGCCUCACGGCAGAUGUGGGGCGUAUGUACACAGGAAUUUCCUCUUUUUGAUGCUAAGUUUGGUCACGUGACUAGGAAGUUGCGAUUUAAGAUUCCCGCUCAACCACGCGGGCGUCGGCCAUUACACAUAUAAUUCAAGAUGGCGGCACACAUCGCGUCCCAGUGAAGCCAGCUGCAAUUGUCCAUUGUGGGACUUUAAGUAGCAUUGUCUGUAAGUUCGUUUAUGUUCUUAUAAUAUUUGCAAUGCUGUUAUAUUGUUAUAAUGACCGUUAUGAUGCUGUAAAUGCCUUUAUAAUGCUGUUAAAUUAUCAUAAAUACGAGGCCUAGUUAACAACGAAGCCUGCAACUUGCCUUGUUAUGACUGUUACCUGUAAUCGAAUAAGUCGAGUCAAACUUGUACCCAGGUAACUAUAUUGCGAUCUUGAGAGCAAGGAUGACAAAAUGUCUCAUCCACAGUGAAGUGUUAUAUGUGUAGUAGAGUUCACGACUCUUGGACGCCGGAGUUGGAGGCACACGGGUUUAUUUCACACAGCACGGUUGUGGCAUACAACACUAGAGGGGGUAUCGGCCCCCUCACCCGGCUAGCUGGGGAUACACGCGCUAGCUACUCCUAGCCUGCCUCCUAGUCCUCCACUAACGGGCUAGGGGAGGCUAUCUGGCCCGACACUGGUAAGUCGGGCCCGGUACCCUGAGUCCCAGACCAGCUCUGACAAGAGCACCGGCUCUGGAUCUCGGGACCACGCCGCUGGCUCGGUCCUGUUCGGCCCUGAUAAGGACGGCGAACCAGGGGAGUCCAGGGCUCUAGCUAAGACGUCUUCAGUCUUCACUGGUUAGCUUAACAUUCUCCUCGAGCCCUCCGACACAUCCCCUUUUAUACCCACCCCCCCCCUUGAGGGGUGGGGCCCCGGGGGAUCAUAACUCCGAAUCAGCCUCCCCAGGGUGCCUGGCGCGGACGUCGUAGAGAGCAUCUCCCCGUGCACUCACGUAGCCCCGCCCACUGUGUUUGUUUGCCAUAAGCUGCCAUGCAUAACGGGCUCUCU